AUGCAGACCAGGAUACUUUAUGAGGCAAAGCUACGUGGAGUGAAGUUCUCUCCUGCUUCCAUAGUUUUAAUUUAUCAACACAUGGAAAACAAAAAGAUACGAAAGAGAAUAAUACCUUUACGGAACUUCUCAAAGUAUUCAGACUACAGCCUGGCUGCUGAGAGGCUGAAGAACAACCCUCAGCACAGGGGCUACCUGGAGGCUGUGUCUCAGAGCCAGCUCGAGAAGCUUCACAUCAUCCUGCAAGAUCACAUGCAGGGCUACAGACUGCAGCACAGUCUCCCCUCAUUUCAUCUGGACCCCGACCAAGACCUGAACAAACUGGACGACGAGGAGCUGGCUCGCAAGAAGGGCCAAAUGGACGAACUGUUUGAGAAGAACCAAAAGCGCAAAGAUGAUGCUGAUUUUGUCUAUGACCUGGAAGUGGAUUUCAGCAAGUCCACUCGAGAAAAGUGCAGCUGGGAUGACGAGUCUGAUGAUGAAUUAUAA